AUUAUGAGAACCGGAAGUGUGUCAGUAUCUGUUUUCACGUGUUGGUUGCAGAGAAAUAUGGCGGACAGCGUUGCAUCGAAAAAGCCCAAAUUGACCUCUUCUCAGGGCGAGGAGAGAGUAGAUUGGAGGAAAUGGAAAGCGGAACGAAAAGAGAUCAAGAAGCAAAUCAAAGAAUCCAAGCUGAUUAAACAACUUGACAAGCAGAAGCAAGAGGAGGAAGAGAAGACUGAGGCAGCACUGCAGCAGAGUCAGAGAGAGAACCAAUCAGGACGGUCGUACACAGUGAGCGUGGCCUUGCCUGGUUCUGUCCUGGACAAUGCCCAGUCUACAGAACUCCGCACAUACCUGGCUGGACAGAUAGCCAGAGCCUGCGCCGUGUUCUGUGUCGACGAGAUCAUCGUAUUUGACGAACAAGAUGAGGAUGUCAAGACUGUUGAGGGAGAAUUCAAUGGUGUUGGAAAGAAGGGUCAAGCCUGCAUUCAACUGGCUAGAAUCCUCCAGUUCUUGGAAUGCCCACAGUACCUGCGCAAAUCAUUCUUCCCAAUGCAUAAAGAUUUACAGUAUGCCGGCUUGCUCAACCCUCUGGACAGCCCUCACCACAUGAGGAAGGAUGACGAGUGUGAGUACCGGGAGGGGGUGGUCCUCGAUCGGCCUAGCAAACCAGGAAAAGGCUCCUUGGUCAACUGUGGAAUGUGGAAGGAGGUGCAGAUAGAUAAGCAGCUACAGUCUGGUCUCAGAGUCACUGUCCACAUGAACAAGAUCCAGAAUAAAGAUGGUAGACUACACAAAGGGGUGGUGGUGGCGCCUCACAAGCCGCGAACAGAGGGAGGUCUGUACUGGGGCUACAGUGUUCGCCUGGCCUCAAGUCUAAGUAAUGUGUUCACUGAGUGUCCACAUAAAGAGGGCUAUGAUCUGACCAUUGGAACAUCUGAGAAAGGCAGAGAUGUUGACAAAACUUCUCUUUCUCCAUUCAAGCACAUGUUGGUUGUGUUUGGUGGUCUGCAGGGCUUGGAGACCAGUGUGGACGCUGAUCAGAACCUGGAGGUGACAGACCCCGGUGUCCUGUUUGACCUGUACCUCAACACCUGCCCCAACCAGGGCAGCAGGACCAUCCGCACUGAGGAGGCCAUCCUGAUCUCCAUGUCCAGCCUGAGGCAGAAAAUCACAGCCGCAUUUCCAGACAAGUCGAACGGUUCAUAACAGGAAGUGGCUACUGACAAACAAUCACUGAGAGGAAGUCUCAAGGAUCUAAAAAAUAAUUCACUUUUUGGGGGAACUAGGUGAAGCUAACUGAACCAGGAGUCGAUGAUUUAAUAUUUAAAUACUUCUGGGAUCGAAUGAAUGGACAUUGCUGGGAUUAUUCUGUGCUGUUUCUUUUAUUUAUUUAUAUUAGAUCACAGCACAAGUAAAGAAGAACCCAGUGUCUUGGCGUUUCCUUAUCUAUAUCCUCUCUUUGGUAGCUUUUUGCUAGUUAAAGCUAACGCUAGCUUUGCUCUGUUUCUACUAUCCCCUCUGUAUAGGAUUCCAGGUGAAUUAAGUCAUUUAUAUGCAUCAGUUUAUGUAAUUUGUUCAAGACACAUUACAGAACAUACAUGAAGAAUAAGUUGCUGAACACAAUGCUAACAAUAAAUAAUGCAAUAUA